AUGGCAUCCAUAAUAGGUGCUGAUUGCUUUGGAAAGAAAGAGCUGAAGGGUAGAACAUAUGUCCAGACAAAGGAAAACAAACGUGUGAAGGAGAUAGCAAUCCUUAGGGGGAAUUUGCGGAGGUUGAGAAAGGCAUAUCGCGAAGCAACAGCGGAUGAGAAACCAGCACUAACAGAAAUGUGUGACAACCUGAGAGGACGCAUAAAGACCUUGCGAAGAGCUGAAUGUCAUAGCAGGGAUAGGAAGCGAAGAAUGAAGGAGUGGACAGAUUUCACCAAGAAUCCCUUCAAAUAUAUGUCGAAACUUCUGAGUAAUGUAAGAACAGGGAAGCUAAAAGCAACAAAGGAGGAGGUGGAGAAGCACCUUCGUCAGGUCCACAGUGAUCCUAGAAGGGAGGACAGUUUAGAGGAGAUGCAGGAACUCAUUAAACCAACAGAACCAGCUAUCCCCUUUAGAGAUGAGGAACUGAGCUGGCAAGAGAUGAAUACCUUUCUCAGGAAGGUCAGAGCAAAAUCAGCCCCAGGUCCGAAUGGCAUUCCAUACAAGGUGUAUAAAUAUUGUAAAAGGCUCAGGACACGUCUAUGGAAGCUACUGAGAGUGGCUAGCGGAUAGUUGGCUAGUCGCUGAGGGAUAUUUCAUCACGAAGGAAGAAAAUUCGACAGGGAUCAAGCA